GGCUCAGUUUCAGCUCUCCCCAGCACUGAGCACCCAGCCGCUCCACGUUGCAGUGCUCUGCUCAUUGAUGGCCUGUGGAGUUUGGAUCUUACUGGGUGUCCUGGCUUUCUGUCGUGGCUUCAACCUGGAUGUGGAGGCACCUGUGGUCUUCCAGGAGGAUGGAGCUGGCUUUGGGCAAAGCGUGGUCCAGUUUGGCAAAUCCAGAAUCAUCGUGGGGGCCCCCCUGGAGGUGGUAGCAGCCAACCAGACAGGGAGGCUGUACUCCUGUGCAGUGACCACGGGCCGCUGCCAGCCCCUCUCGCUGCUCGUGUCCCCAGAGGCCGUGAAUGCGUCCCUUGGCUUGUCCUUGGCAGCCUCCACCAACCACUCCCGACUGCUGGCCUGCGGCCCCACUAUGCACAAGACGUGUGGGGAGAAUGUGCACCUGGAAGGCUCCUGCCUGCUGCUGGGCCCCAACCUGCAGCUCCUCCAGAUGUUCCCUGUGGCCCCAUCUGAGUGCCCCAGCCAGGAGGUGGAUAUUGCCUUCCUGAUUGACGGCUCCGGCAGCAUCAGCGCUGAAGACUUUGAGCAGAUGAAGGCCUUUGUCAGAGCCAUGAUGGUCAAGUUCCAGGGCACCCACACCCAGUUCGCACUGAUGCAGUACUCGAACUUAAUGAAGACCCACUUCACCUUCACUCAGUUCCGGAGUAGCCCGAACCCCCAGAAACUGGUGGAGCCCAUCGUCCAGCUCAGGGGCCUGACAUACACUGCCACAGGCAUCCUGACAGUGGUGCGGCAACUCUUCCACCGAGACAGCGGCGCCCGCCAGAGCGCCAGGAAGAUCCUGGUGGUGAUCACGGACGGACAGAAGUACAAGGACUCCCUGGAGUACAGUGACGUCAUCCCUGAGGCCGAGCGAGAGGGCAUCACCCGCUACGCCAUUGGGGUCGGGGAGGACUUCCUGAAGGCGGCGGCCCAGCGGGAGCUGAGCGCCAUCGGCUCUCCGCCCGAAGGAGACCACGUGUUCAAGGUGGACAACUUCACCGCCCUGGGCAGCGUCCAGAAGCUGCUGCACGAGCGCAUCUUCACGGUGGAGGGCACCCAGGUGACCCAGGCCACCACCUUCCGCCACGAGAUGUCGCAGGAGGGUUUCAGCGCUGUGCUCGCCACGGAUGGACCUGUGCUGGGCGCCGUGGGGAGCUUCAGCUGGUCUGGAGGUGCCUUCCUGUACCCCACAAAGACGCCACCCACCUUCAUCAACAUGUCACAGGCCAGUGAGGACAUGAAGGACUCUUACCUGGGUUACUCCACUGAGCUGGCCUUUCGGAAGGGGGUGCAGAGCCUGGUCCUGGGGGCCCCCCGCCACAAGCACGUGGGGAAGGUGGUGCUGUUCACCCCAUCACUUGGGCAGUGGAGGCUGAAGGCUGAGGUCACAGGGACCCAGAUCGGCUCCUACUUUGGGGCAUCCCUCUGCUCGGUGGAUGUAGAUGGAGAUCGCAACUCUGACCUGGUGCUCAUCGGGGCCCCCCACUACUACGAGCAGACUCGGGGGGGUCAGGUGUCCGUGUGCCCCUUGCCCAGAAGGAGGACCCGCUGGCACUGUGAGGGCGCCGUGCUGCGCGGGGUGCAGGGCCACCCCUGGGCGCGCUUUGGGGCGGCCCUGACGGUGCUGGGGGACGUGAAUGGGGACCAGCUGUUGGAUGUGGCCGUGGGAGCCCCGGGAGAGCAGGAGAACCGGGGCGCCGUCUACCUGUUUCAUGGGACGUCGAGCCUGGGCAUCAGCCCCACCCACAGCCAGCGGGUGAUGGCCACCCAGCUGUUCCCUGGGCUGCAGCACUUUGGACAGGCACUGAGCGGGGGCCAGGACCUCACGGGGGACAGGCUGCUGGACCUGGCCGUGGGGGCCCAAGGACACGCGCUGCUGCUCAGGAGCCGGCCAGUGCUGACAGUAGGUGUGACCACUCAGUUCUCACCAGUGGAGGUGCCCAAGGCCAAGCACCAGUGCUGGGAGCAGGGCCCUGGGGCUUUGGAGGCCGGGGCUGCCACCGUCUGCCUCACCAUCCACAAAAGCUCCGUGGACCAGCUUGGUGAUGUCCAGAGCUCUGUCAGGUAUGACCUGGCCCUGGACCCCGGCCGUCUGGUCUCCCGUGCCAUCUUUGAUGAGACUAAGAACUCAACUUUGAUCCGAAGGCAAACGCUGGGGCUGGGGGAGCACUGUGAGACCCUGAAGCUGCUUCUGACCGACUGUGUGGAGGACAUGGUGAACCCCAUCAUCUUGCGCCUCAACUUCUCCCUGGUGGGAGAACCCAUCCCCUCCUUCCAGAACCUACGCCCGAUGAUGGCAGAGGGCUCAGAGGACUUCUUCACGGCACAAUUCCCUUUUGAGAAGGACUGUGGACAGGACCAACUCUGUGAAGGAGACCUGGGUAUCCGCCUCAGCUUCUCCGGCCCACAGACCCUGGUGGUAGGGAGCAUCCUGGAGCUGAAUGUGACUGUGACUGUGUGGAAUGUGGGCGAGGACUCCUAUGGCAGUGUGAUCAGCUUCUGCUACCCAGCAGGGCUGUCCUACCGGAGAGUGCUGGGAACCCAGCAAGCUCACCAGCGCCCCCUGCGGCUGUCGUGUGAGGCUGCACCCUCUGGGAAGGAGGAUGUGAAGAGCAGCCGGUGUAGCAUCAACCACCCCGUCUUCCGUGAGGGCAGCAAGGGCAUUUUCACAGUCACCUUCGAUGUCAGCCCCAAGGCCACUCUGGGGGACAGGCUGCUUCUGAGGGCCAACGCCAGCAGUGAGAACAACAAGCCCCCCACCAGUAACACCACCUUCCAGCUGGAGUUCCCGGUGAAGUACGCAGUCUACACUGUGAUCAGCAGGCAGGAAGAAUCCACCAAGUACCUCAACUUUUCAACUUCUGAUGCAACAAGCCAGAGAGAAAUCGAACAUCGAUAUAGAGUGAAUAACCUGAGUCAGCGUGAUCUGCCCAUCAGCAUAGUUUUCUGGGCGCCCAUCCUCCUCGAUGGUGUGGCUGUGUGGGAUGUGAUUCUGGUGGCCCCCUCACAGAGUCUCCCCUGUGUGUCAGAAAAGCACCCCCCACAGCAUGCUGACUUCCAGAACCAGAUUCCAGGGAGCCCCUUACUGGACUGCACGCUGGCCCACUGCCAGCGCUUCCGCUGUGCCGUCCCCUCCUUCGGCCUCCAGGAGGAGCUGGACUUCACCCUGAAGGGCAACCUCAGCUUCAGCUGGACCCGCCAGGUAUGCAGCCCCUCAGCCAGGGCGGGUCACCCUGGGGCUCAGCCCUCCCGCCAGCCUGGCCCCCAAGCUGUCCCCGGUCCCCUGUCCCUGCAGACGCAGCAGAAGAAGGUGGCGGUGCUGAGUGCCGCUGAGAUCCUGCUCGACACCUCCGUGUACUCCCAGCUCCCGGGGCAGGAGGCCUUUCUGCGCACCCAGGUGGAGACGGUGCUGGAAGAGCUGGAGGUCCACGACCCGGUCCCCCUGGUGGUGGGAAGCUCCGUGGGGGGACUGCUGCUGCUGGGGCUCAUCACUGCCGCUCUGCGCAGGGUUGGCUUCUUCAAACGUCAGUACAAAGAAAUGCUUGUGGACCAUCCUGCAGAAGACACUGGCCCCCUCAGUGAGAAGAACUCCAGUUGUGAGGCCCCAGACCUGCCUCUGUCCUCCUAACCCACUCUCCUGUUUCUCUCUAUCCCCAUGGCUGGUUGUGCCUGGCCUGCAAAGCUCCUUCCCUGGGAAUCACCUCUCUGCAGACCUGGAGCAGCCUGAGCGCACUAAGGCACCUUUCCAAGGUGCUGCCAGAUUUUUGUGCUUUUACUGCACUCUCUGACUUCUUCAGUGAGGACCUACUUUUUUUGAGGCAUGUUGCCAGCAGGGAUUUUCAUACGUAUAAGAGUGGCAACAUUAAAAGAGAAUAUUGAUGGUAGAGUUUCCUUGUACGAAAGGGCUUCCUUCCAGGGAACUGAUGAUGGUCAUUCUGGGAAGAUGUCGGGGUGGGGGUGUGGAGAACUGCUUGUGAGUUUAGAAAGCAUGACUGACUGUCUCAGGUGACUGGGUCCUGAAAUCAUCUUUACUCGGUGUCUGGGGCAGGUCUGAGAAGGUGUGUGUGUGUGUGUGUGUGUGUGUGUGUUGCUCCUAGAAUUGACAGUGGCAUCUGGGGAAUGAACAAAAUGCCCAGACCUUGGUUGAUAUUAUGCUACUCUUUAACAGGGUCCCUCAAAGCUAUAAUACAAUAAAAUAAAAAGCUUUCA